UGCUCUGGCUCCUUGCGGCUCUCGGCUCGCCCCCGCCUCUCUUCCUCCUCGCCCGCCCUUCAGUCCGUGGGGUCUGCACGCUCUGCAGCUGGGGCUUGGGAGGGGCGAGUGGCACCCGGCCCAAAUCCGGAGCCCUGCACGGCCCGUAAGGGGCAGGGAAGAGAAGUUGGACCCGCAGCUGUAAGGUGCUUCCGGAGCGGCAUCCUGCCCUGGGCACCGCGGGCACGUCGCCCAGACCUGGAGUCGCGAUUCCCGCCAGGAACCUGGGGCGGUUCCUGCUGGGUAUACAGCACCCUUACUUACGUCUCCCCCGAGUGUGCCCUCCAAGCCAAGAAAAAACCGACGCCAGGAGAAGGAGGUGGUGGUGAUCAGGUUACCACAUGCCUAGACCCAGUAUUGCAUAUAUUCAUUACUCUCUUCUGCCCACUGUCACACCCUUUUUAGAAAGUCUUGUUUUUUUUUUUUUUAAUCGGGACCGGGGAUCGACCUCACAACCGCGCGCUAGCAAGCACAGGCACUUAUGCUGCUGAAGUAAAUCCCCAGCCCUUCAUAAAGUCUUGGUAACUGCGAACACGAAGCAGGAAAUGGGAAACUAGAGAGAACCGCUCAGCUCUGACUUGACUCCAGCUUGGAGCUAAUACUUCAUGGAUGACUCGCCUGAGACUCCUCUAGACCUGAGCACUUUACUGUGCCCAUGGUCCUGUGAUCAAGUGGAUAGCACUCCUUGGGCCUGCAAACAGAAUCCUGGCUGACUACACUGAAGCAGGAUGCUCCAUCAGGUGAGCGACCGCAGCUCAGGCUCUGAUGGCCAAAACAAGGCAUCACUCAGAGAAGACCUGCAGGAGUUCCUGAGUAGGGAGGCCCCACUACACCAACUGGAUGACUUGACCAAGGUGAAUUCUGUGACUCUGGAGACAGUUCUUAGGUGCCUGCACGCCCGGUACAUGGCAGACAUGUUCUACACCAAUGCUGGCUGCACCUUGGUAGCUCUGAACCCCUUUAAGCUAGUCCCUCAACUCUAUACACCGGAGCUGAUGAGAGAGUACCAUUCUGCACCUCAGCCAGAGAAACUGAAGCCCCACAUCUUCACUGUGGCAGAACAGACCUACAGGAAUGUCAAGAGUCUGAUUGACCCUGUCAACCAGUCCAUUGUGGUCAGUGGAGAGAGUGGUGCCGGAAAGACAUGGACGUCCCGCUGCCUGAUGAAGUUCUACGCUGUGGUGGCCGCUGCACCGACUUCCUGGGAGAGCCCCAAGAUCGCAGAGAGGAUUGAACAGCGCAUCCUAAACUCCAACCCUGUCAUGGAAGCUUUUGGGAAUGCGUGUACGCUGAGGAAUAACAACAGCAGUCGCUUUGGGAAGUUCAUCCAGCUGCAGCUGAACAGGGCCCAACAGAUGACAGGAGCUGCAGUUCAAACCUAUCUCCUAGAGAAAACCCGCGUGGCCUACCAGGCCUCCAGUGAGAGGAACUUCCACAUCUUCUACCAGAUCUACAAAGGAGCCAGCGAGGAUGAGAGGUUCCAGUGGCACCUUCCCAAGGGAGCCACCUUCUCUUGGCUGCCGAAUGCUGAGAGGACUUUGGAAGAGGAUUGCUUCGAGGUGACCCGAGAGGCCAUGAUGCAUUUGGGCAUUGAUAUCCCCACCCAGAACAACAUCUUUAAGGUCCUUGCUGGGCUGCUGCACCUUGGCAAUGUCCGCUUUGCUGACUCAGAGGAUGAAGCCCACCCCUGCCAACUGAUGGACAGUGCCAAGUGCUUUGUCAGGACAUCAGCUUCCCUGCUGGGACUCCAUGAGGAUACGCUGCUGGAGACUGUGCAGAUUCGAACCAUCAGGGCAGGCAGGCAGCAGCAGGUUUUCCGGAAGCCCUGCUCCCGAGGAGAGUGUGACACCCGCAGGGACUGUCUGGCCAAAGUGGUCUAUGCGCGACUCUUUGACUGGCUGGUGUCGGUGAUCAACAGCAGCAUCUGUGCAGACCCUGACUCGUGGACUGCUUUCAUAGGCCUUCUGGAUGUGUAUGGAUUUGAGUCAUUUCCUGACAACAGUCUGGAACAGUUGUGCAUCAACUAUGCCAAUGAGAAGCUGCAGCAGCACUUCGUGGCUCACUAUCUGAGGGCUCAGCAGGAGGAAUAUGCACUGGAGGGCCUGGAGUGGUCAUUUGUUAAUUACCAGGACAACCAAACCUGUUUGGAUCUCAUCGAGGGGAGCCCCAUCAGCAUCUGCUCCCUUCUCAAUGAGGAAUGCCGUCUUAACCGGCCAAGUAGCGCAGCCCAGCUCCAGGUGCGCAUUGAGAGUGCUCUGGCCGACAGCCCCUGCCUGGGCCACAACAGGCUUAGCCAGGAGCCCAGUUUCAUCGUGGUACAUUAUGCAGGGCCUGUGCGGUACCUCACAGCAGGUCUGGUGGAGAAAAAUAAGGACCCUGUGCCUCCUGAACUGACUGAGCUUCUACAGCUAUCCCAUGAUCCCCUUCUCACAGUGCUGUUUCCUACUCAACCCAAAGAGAAGACCCAGGAGGAGCCCUCUGGCCAGAGCAGGGCCCCUGUGUUGACUGUGGUGUCCAAGUUCAAGGCCUCUUUGGAACAGCUCCUGCUGGUCCUGCACAGCACCACACCCCACUACAUUCGCUGCAUCAAGCCUAACAGCCAAGGCCAGCCACAGACCUUUUUCCAGGAGGAGGUUGUGAGCCAGCUGGAGGCCUGUGGCCUGGUGGAAACCAUCCACAUCAGUGCUGCUGGCUUCCCCAUCCGGGUCUCUCACCAGAACUUCCUGGAGCGAUACGCCUUACUGAGAAGGCUCGGUCCUCACAUGCCUUCUGGACUCCGUAGCCCACAUGCUACCAGAGGGUACUCUGGACAGCUUGCACGCACUGAGGAGGCUACGCUGCAAACUGUCCUGCGGGACCUUCUCCAUGCUCUGCCAGCUCUAACUCAGGUGGCAGCCACACCUGCUGACCCACUGCACUGCGGCAAGACCAAGGUGUUCAUGACUGAGUCCGUGCUAGAGCUUCUGGAAGGCAAGCGUGCCCGGGUGCUGGAGCAGUGUGCCCGUUGCAUCCAGUAUGGCUGGAAGCGACACCAGCACCGAAAGCAGGAGAGGCAGAGGCGGGCGGCCACCCUCAUUCAGGCAGCCAUUCGUUCCUGGUUAACACGGAAACAUAUCCAGAGGCUGCACACAGCUGCCUCGGUCAUCAAGCGUGCCUGGCACAAGUGGAGAGUCAGAAUGGCCUGCCUUGCCUCUAAAGAACUGGACGGUAUUGAAGAAAAGUCCAUGUCUCAAUUUCCCAGUUCUCUGAACUCCUCCCUCCUGCCCUCAGCACAGACCAGGCUCCAGGGGGCAAUAAUCCGUCUCUGGCCCCUGGGACUGGUCCUGGCCAAUGCAGCUGUGGGUCUGCGAGGCUUUCAGAGGAAACUGGUGGUCUGCGCCUGCCUGCAGCUUCCCUCGGACAAUCUCAGCACCUGUAAGGUCCAGACAGCACAAGGCCAGACUGGCGUCGUGUCCAUCCGAGCACUGCCUCAGGGUUCGAUAAAGUUCCACUGCAGAAAGUCUCCACUGCGCUACGCUGACAUCUGCCCUGAACCUUCGCCCUACAGUAUUACUGGCUUUAAUCAGAUUCUGCUGGAAAGACACAGCCCAGUCCAUCUUUGACCUCACCACUACUCUCACAGGGCGGGGGUGAUCCUUGGUGCCUUUGUUUCUACAAGGGUUUUUCCUGCCAGCUUCAGCUGCCUCGACAAAGAUACUUAAGCAACCAAUGUCAAACUAUUCCCGUAGCAGCUCCAGCCUACCAGCCAGGGCUGCAUGGCCAGUGCCCCAGCAGGCCUGGGGCUAUACACUGAGCAUCAGCAGGGGUGGUGAUUACCAAGACAUGACUGGAGCCAGAGAACUUUUCAUUGAUAUUUAUGAUGUCUACCCAAAUUGUACCAAAGAUAAAAUAUUUUAAAACAGCCACGUAAAUGUAUGCCAAGUCUCCUCACAAAGGAGUGCCACCCUGUAUAAACUCAUCUGUCUGAAACACAUGAGACCCUGUCAGCUGCCUCUAGGAUAUCACCUGCCUCGCAUAGAGCCCACACCAGGUGGCCUCCUGGGAGGAGCAAUGGACAGGUCCUGGGUGUCAGUUACAUGCUUCAGCAAGGAGCGCAGUAAGCCACCCUAAGAGUCUUCAUGCUGCGACGGUUCUACAAUCCUUAAACAGCAGUCAGCGAACUCCACAAACAAGGGUUCUUGCAUGUAGGCUCUCAUGAGUUUCGCUUUGUCGUCUCCCUGAUCAAGGUUGACCAUCAGCUGUCUCAGGUGGGGAUUAAGCAGUAGGUUUCUUAAUGGUACAGAUUCACCUUACAAGUUGACAAGAAAAAAAGCCUGUCAAGUUCAAAUGGGAACCCAUGCAGAUGUUUCAAAUGUUAUAAACAUUGUAUCCCUGGGCUGAGAAUUUAGCUCAGUGACAUAAGGACCUGGCUGGCAAGCGUGAGUUCGAUCUCUGGUAUCACGAAAAACAGUAACAAAAAAAACCACUGUAUCCCCUUAACCUACACAGGCCCCCAACUGCCACACGUUCUGAAUCCACACGGGCAACUACUACAAACACAAAAAAACAAGCUCGGCAUAAUGCCACACACCUGUAAUCCCAGCAUUUUAGAAAGCUGAGGCAGGAGGGUUGCCAAGGUUGAGCCCUCCCUGGGCAACUUGGUGAUGCAAUGAAACCCUACCUCAAAAUUGUAAAGGGGCUAGGCAUGGUGAGCAUGCCUGUAAUUGUAGCCCUUGAAAGGCUGAGGCAGGAGAACCACUGCGAGUUUGAGGCCAGCCCAAACUGCAUAGUGACUCUCAAAAAGACCCCCCCAAAAAAAGCAGGAAUGGGGGGAGCUAAGAAUGUCAUUCAGUGUGGAAGCUCUGAUUCCAUGCACAGUACCUCAAACAAAAAAAAAGCAAAAAUACCAGUAAACAUGUAUGAACUUUUCACUGCCAUUACUUCAUUACAUAAUGCAACUAUUUACAGUGUGUUAUAAGCUAUAUAAGUAACCCAGAGAUGGUUCUAAGUGUCAUGUAAGUGAUACACAAAUACACCAUUUAUAUAAACAACUUGAGCUGGGGGUGUAGCCUGAAACCAGCCCCUCCCCCAUGGAUACCAGAAUGAUGACACAAUAUUCACAACCCCAGUGUUUCACAUAUAAACAAGUAGGACCAGCAUAUCAAUGACUUCCAAGUUAAAUUCAAUAUCAAAUUUGGGUUCUGGGGCUGGGGAUUUAGCUCAGUGGCAUAAGCACCUGCCUUGCAAGCAGGCAGUUGUGAGUUCGAUCCCCAUUUUUACCGAUAAAAAUGAAAAAGAAAAAAAAAAUUUGGGUUCUGUUUUAUCAGCACAAAUACACAAAACAAUAGCACGACACUGAUGUCCUUUUUCUCCAUACACAGGCAUAAAGUGCUCAGUGCUAACAUUUGUACCAAAUACUCAGCACCUAAACCUGUCAUCCAGAUUGCACAGAAAAUGAGCAUUAACACCUGUACAGGGCUUUGUAAUGCUUUUUAUGUUUUAUUUAUUUUUUGAGACAAGGUCUCACGAUGCAGUUCAGGCUGAUCUUGAACUUGCAACUGUCUUCCUGCCUCAGCCUCCCAAGAGCUGGGAUUAUAGGUGUGCACUACCACACCCGGUUCAUAACGCUUUUUAAACCUCAGUCUAAUCACUACCAUGGGACCAAUCAUCUUUCACCCUGACUCUGACGUAGAAAGAAUAAAAAUCCCCAUCUGUAGGAACUACAUUAAUUCAUUAAUUAUAUAUAUAACAGAACUGUUAUGAGAAAUAAACAGUGCUGCAAAAACAA